CCUCCAGCUCCAUUGUAUGAUCCUUCAGAACUCAAGAAGUGGUCAUUUUAUAGAGCUAUAAUCGCUGAGUUUAUCUCCACUCUUCUGUUUUUAUAUGUUACUAUAUUGACGGUGAUUGGGUACAAGAAUCAGACUACAGGCGGAGGUGAUAAAUGUGGUGGUGUUGGUAUUCUUGGUAUUGCUUGGGCAUUUGGUGGCAUGAUCUUUGUCCUGGUUUAUUGCACUGCUGGGAUUUCCGCGUUAGUGAAGGGGUUUCAAAAGGCACAGUACAAUAGAUUCGGCGGUGGAGCCAACGUACUAGCUGAUGGGUACAGUAAAGGCACAGGAUUAGCUGCUGAGAUUGUUGGUACUUUUGUUCUUGUUUACACUGUGUUAUCUGCCACUGAUAAUAAAAGGAGAGCUAGAGACUCCCAUAUCCCGGUGUUGGCACCAUUACCGAUUGGAUUUGCUGUUUUUUUGGUUCAUCUUGCAACCAUCCCAAUUACUGGCACUGGUAUUAACCCAGCUAGAAGUUUUGGCCCUGCUGUGAUGUACAACAGAGAGAAGGUUUGGGAUGACCAGUGGAUCUUCUGGGUAGGACCAUUUAUUGGAGCUGCUAUUGCAGCAUUUUAUCAUCAGUUUAUUUUGCGUGCUGCGGCUGUUAGGGCUCUUGGGUCUUUCAGGUCCAUCCACCACACCUGA